AUGCCGGCCGCCGUCUUCAUUCUCUUUGUAAUCACUUGUUUCUAUGCUUUCUUGAAGCCACCCUCAGAUUCCCCCUCAGUCCUUUACUUGCUGAUGUCCGUGUCCUACACCAUGGUUGAAGUUCGGAUCAGGGCUGCAUUGCAAGCGGGUUUGCAGGAGAAGAAACCAGGCUUCAGCGGGGACGAAACAGUGGGUGCCUUGCACCUGUUCGCACUCGACCUCUGCUACAUCUCCGUUACCGUCCCCAGAUACAUCCAGAACUCCCUGACCAACAAGAGAUCCAUCUCCCUAGCGGGCUGUGCCGUCCAUGUCUUAUCUGUAGUCUGGGUUGGCGGCUCAGAGCUGUCUAUCCUCACGGUCAGAGGAGUCCUCCUGCUGGGUGCUUUGAAGGUCCAGGGGCUGCAGCUGGUACACAAUGCGCUGUUCUUCCUAGUCAACUUGGCGGCCCUGACAGGGAAUCUCCUCAUUGUCAUCAUCACCGUCGUCUACCAGCGCCUCCACACUCCCAUGUACUUCUUCCUCAGGACCCUGUCCGUCCUGGACCUCUGCUGUAUCUCCUUCACCGUCCCCAAAUCCAUCUUCAACUCCCUGACCGACCGUAGGGAAAUCUUUUUCCUGAGCUGCUUUUUGCAGGUCAUUUUCCUGAUUCUUCUUGCCGGCACAGAGUUCUCCAUGCUCACAGUGAUAUCCCAUGUGAUCACUCAGCUUUUCUACGACGUCCUCUCGGUAAUAAAACUUUCCUGCUCUAAAACAUGCUUGCCACUGAGGAUCGGGCUAAAGCGUUCUUCACCUGUCUGUCCCCACCUUGUCGUCAUCGCCGUUUUCUUCUCCACUGCCGCCUUUGCCCACUUAAAGCCGACUUCCAGCUCCUCCUUCCGGCUGGACCUGCUGGUGUCCGUUUUCUACACCGUGAUACCCCCGGCCCUGAACCACCUCAUCUACAGCUUGAGGAUCAGGGACAUGAAGAUGGACUGA